AUGAAGGAAGCCUCUGCACUCUUCAAAGUGGUGAACUCUGAAAAAAGUGAAGACUAUGCUGAUGAUGCAUAUACAAGCAAUGCCCAAAUGGCUGCUGACAUCAUGACAUUCGUUGAAGAAGCAAGGAAUUCUGGAGAUAUUGACUGUGUGAUGCCGGAAAGAGGUAUCAGUGAAGCCGGCCUUUGGGUUGUCAUCCAUGACCUUGUGAGUCCCUCAGGCUUGGCAAUGAACAACAAAAUUGGUCUGGUCUGCAUGGAUGGGUCGGAAGAUGGCAGAGUUGCUGUGAAAGUUGACCGAAUCAGUUCACCAAAGCGGAUCAAAGCCAGAAAUCUGUGGCAAUACCCAUUUCCAGAGAGCGAGGUGGCUCUCAUUUCAACCAUGGAGGAAGUUGACCAGUUGAAGUAUGUGAAAGUGGUGAUUGAUUUGGAAAAAUUCUAUUCAAGGCACAAUUUUUGA